CUCUCUCCCUCCUCAUUCUCUCUCUCUCUCUCUCUCUCCCCAAUUUGAUUUCACCGCCAUUUAAGGAGUCCCGCUCUUCCGUCCCUUUUGGAGUCGCUUCAACUCUUCCCCCGCCGCCGCCGCCGCCGCCGGUCGUUCUUCAGUUGCAGAGCUAGUCAUGGACACGUCAAAUCCGACAGUUUUCGUGAAUGCCGAGUUGCUUGGAAGGUAUGUUGGACGGAAGGUUCGGGCAGUAAUUCAGGUUAUUCGAAAUGAUGGCGCGGCGGUAAUUGGAAAAUCUACUGACGAGAAGCAGAUCACUGUAAAGGGCUUGCCGCCUUCUCAACUCACAACUUUUGUCGAGGUUAUUGGGAUUGCUGAUGGUCAAAAUUCCAUUGCUGCUGAUAAGUGGACCAACUUUGGUGAUAAUUUCGACAUCUUUACUUACAACAAACUUUGUCAACUCGCGAACGGCGAAUACCAACACCUAUUUCUUUGAGGAGAUAUGAGAUCCCUGCAGGUGAAGCUCAAAGGUUUCUGCUGUAUCACGCAUGCUAGGAGCGAUAAAAGCAUGAAUGAUGAGUCUGCUUUAUUCGUGCGACCUCUUUAUUGUAGAAAGCUUUAGGUACUGUUAAGUCAUGUGGUAUGAUGCUCUUGACGUCAGGGUUUAAUUUCUAUUAGAGAUACCUAUGUUUUGAAUUCAUCAGAAGUGAAAUUGACAUGUUCUUGAGCCUAUCUUUGAUCCUCAGAGGUGAGAGAACUUUUGUUAGGUUGUUGAAGAAGGUUAAGGUAGGUAAGAAGAACCAUUCCCUUGGAUUUGCAAUUUUUGCCC